CUUGGCAUUUAACGACGCGCCACGUUGUGCGCGAAGCUUUAGUUUUCUCGAGCUCGUGCGCGCUUUUUGCAUUUCAUCUGAUAUACACGAGUACACGCUGACGCGACGUUAAUUCAGAGUUAUGCACUAAAUUUUAUUCGUGAUUUCCGUACUAUCACCGCUGACAGAUGAGUGCUACCGAGAACCAGGCGAUGGAGGAGUACGAGCCUUCCAUCAGGAAUGUGAUCGAGCAACGUUCCUUACGAUGGAUAUUCGUGGGCGGCAAAGGCGGAGUCGGGAAGACGACUUGCAGUUGUUCCCUUGCAGUACAAUUGUCCAAAGUCAGGGAGAGUGUACUUAUAAUAUCCACAGAUCCUGCACAUAAUAUCUCUGAUGCAUUUGAUCAGAAAUUUAGUAAGGUACCUACCAAAGUGAAAGGUUUUGACAAUCUGUUUGCAAUGGAAAUCGAUCCAAAUGUUGGAAUUACAGAAUUACCAGAGGAAUACUUUGACAGCGAAGCAGUUUCAGGAGGAGAAGCAAUGAGAUUGAGCAAAAAUGUUAUGCAAGAAAUUGUUGGUGCAUUCCCUGGCAUAGAUGAAGCAAUGAGCUAUGCCGAAGUUAUGAAGCUUGUAAAAGGAAUGAACUUCUCUGUUGUGGUAUUUGAUACUGCACCCACUGGACAUACAUUAAGGCUACUAUCAUUUCCGCAAGUAGUUGAAAAGGGAUUGGGAAAGCUAAUGCGUUUAAAAAUGAAGAUUAGUCCCUUUAUCACACAGAUAAGUUCAUUACUGGGAUUAACGGAUUUCAAUGUGGAUACAUUUUCUAAUAAAAUGGAAGAAAUGCUUGCUGUCAUUCGGCAAGUCAACGAACAAUUCAGAAAUCCCGAUCAGACAACUUUUAUAUGUGUUUGCAUAGCAGAAUUUUUGUCACUGUAUGAGACAGAACGACUUGUACAAGAAUUAACAAAAUAUGGUAUUGAUACGCAUAAUAUUAUAGUGAACCAACUAUUAUUCCUGAAGGAAGGAGAUAGUCCUUGUCGGCUGUGUCUUGCAAGGCAUAAAAUUCAAGAUAAAUAUUUAGAUCAGAUAUUGGAUCUUUAUGAGGAGUUUCAUGUCACACAGCUUCCAUUACUAGAAAGGGAAGUACGCGGAGUUCAACAGGUCAGGGAAUUUUCGGAAAAUCUCGUUAAACCGUACAAACCUUAGCAUCUAUGUAAUUAAUGUUUAAUAACAAUAUAAUACUUUACAUUUAAUUCAAAGUUUUAUACACUUGCAACCUUGCGCGUUGGAAAUUUGUAUAAAAAAGAUACACCUUUAAUACUGCUCGAUUAAGAUAUUUGUUAAUGCACGUGUUAAUAAAUUCAACAUAAAUGCUACA